AUGAAAAACAGCAACCAAAGUGCAAUCAACUGCUCUUCCUGCCAUGCACUUUUACCCGUUAAUUCACGUCAUCGUACCUGUCAAGCAUGCAGAGAACGUGUAGCAGCAUCUCGCCGCAGACGCCGUACCGAAGACCAACAAGAAGGAGCUGGUGCCGCUACUAGACCUAGAGGCAGGCUAAGAAUAACAGCUGAGUCUGCUGAUGCUGAAAGUAGAUCCAGAGGCAGGCCCAGGGCAAAAUCUGCUGCCUAUUUCUCGCAGCUUUCUCGCCUUUGUCCUUUGAAAUUUGGAUGCAUGGGCAAGGAAUGCUCCUGCUGUCACACCCUAAACUGGAUUGAUGAAAGGCAAGAAGCAUCUUCGAUGAGAAAUCCAAGCCGGGAAUCAUAUUGUAAGCAGGGAUCAGUCCAAUUACAACUCUUGCCUGGCCCACCUGAGUACUUGAAGGACUUGCUUGAACGUACAGACACCCAAAGCCGUCACUUUAAGGACAGCCAUCGUCAGUAUAACGCUGCCUUUGCGUUUACCUCUUUGGAAUGCGACAUUGUCUCAGCUGAGGAACGUAAUGCCAAUAAUAACAGAGGUAGACUUAACGCAUUUCAAAUCUACGGCGCCCUUUGUCACUGCCAAGAGCCUCUACUUCCAGUUGAGGGCAACACAUCUUCGUAUGCUUAA